AUUCAAACCGUUCUGCAUUGAAGCUGUCAAACCGCUACAUCAUGAAGCAACCCUGGCUCAGUAGGCGCUGCGCGUUCAAUUUUGUCAACAAACCCCGUGUUGUCAAAACAAGCACAUCUUCUUCUUGUGCUUCUUGCUAGUGCUGCUUGCCGUCGCGCGGUUCUGCUUUGCCCUGCGUUUCUUGCGUGCACUUUUCUGGCGGUUCUCCAAUCUGGAGCAAGUCACGGCGAAGACGACGACGACGGUUCUUAAUUAGAUGUAAUUUGAUUCUCAACCACAGCACCGGAUCCACGUAAUCGCACCGUAAACCCUCCCAACCCCAACGGUGAGCGGACCACCACCAUGUGCACCUUCGGAAGGUAAAUGCAUUGGCUAGGAUAUUGUUUCGUUACCGCCGUUCGGUAGCAUUCUUCACAUCGUCUACACGGGGUGCCCCAAUGCACGGUGCACGGCUCAAACAUCCACGUGUUGGUGCCGUCGUGUUGCUUGUGCUAGCGGAGACAGAACUCGCCCGCCAUCCGUAGCGCUCCGGCCAGCCAGAUCCGUGGUGGUGGUUGCAAGGGGCACGAUGCGCAAGUUCCCGCUGCGCCUGCUGUGGCGCUACAAGGUGUUUGUGCUGAUCGGGUUUAUGCUCGUGGCAGCACAGAUAUUCCUCGCGUACAAGCUGCUCUGCAUGCCACUGUCCGGUAACGAAAGCUCGGAGGAACGAGACCUCAGUCGCCGGCUUUACGAAAAGUAUGUGAAAAAAUCAGCGCCGCCAGGUACGGAUGGAGGUGCGCACGACGCGAAUUUGUCGAUGGGCGGUGAGAAGGGUACGGCCGAAGGAGCGGGACGCGCGAAGGACCUAACCCAGCAGCAACACAUCCUUCGGCUGGACGAGCUCGAUUUUGUGCCACCGUGCGAGCUGACGCGGAAGGAAACGGUGUCCGCCAUUCACCGUGCCAAAAGUCAAUCGUGCAAGGCGAAAAUUGUGGAAGUGGCGUGUGAAAUUUUGGCCGGAAAGUUUUACCCCCAGCGUCUGCCGAACUACUGUCCGCGGGGUGAUCAUUCGCCGAACCGGGCGCUAGGCUGCUUCCGGGAUGAGAAAAAUUUUCGCCUCCUGUCCGGAUACUAUUCCACCUUCAAGACGAACAAUUCGCCGGAAAAGUGUAUCCGGUUGUGUUUGCAGUCCGGCUAUCCGUUUGCGGGCGUUCAGUAUGGCUACGAAUGCUUCUGUGGCGAUGAGGUGCCAAAAGCGUCGGCCAAGCUUCCCGACUCGAGCUGCAACGUUAAGUGUCCGGGCGAUCCGAAACAAGCUUGCGGUGGAUAUUUUACCAUCAACGUUUACGAAACCGGAAUACGCAAAUUUGCCGCCCAAAGCACAGAAACGGUACCGAAGCACGCGGACGAAACGGUGCGAGUUGCAUUUCUGCUGACGCUGAACGGACGAGCCGUUCGGCAGGUGCAUCGAUUGCUGAAGGCGCUGUACAGCCCACGGCACUAUUACUACAUACAUAUCGAUGCGCGCCAAGAGUAUCUUUACCGUGAGCUGCUCAAGCUAGAACCAAAGUUCCCCAACAUCCGACUAGCCCGGAAACGGUUCUCCUCCAUUUGGGGUGGUGCAUCGCUGCUCCAGAUGCUGCUCGCCUCGAUGGAGCACCUGCUGUACGAAACCGACUGGCACUGGGACUUUGUGCUCAAUCUAAGCGAAAGUGAUUUCCCGCUCAAAACGGUCGACCAGCUGGUAACGUUCCUCACGGCGAACCGUGGACAAAACUUCGUCCGGAAUCACGGCCGAGAGGUGCAACGGUUCAUACAGAAGCAGGGCCUGGAUAUGACGUUCGUCGAGUGCGAUAAUCGUAUGUGGCGCAUCGGCGAUCGAACACUCCCGGCCGGCAUUACCAUCGAUGGUGGUAGCGAUUGGGUGUGUUUGUCGCGUGACUUCGCACGCUACGUGACGGGCGACGGGAAUGGCCAGCAGGACGAGCUAAUCCGUGGUCUGCUCCGCGUGUUCCAGUACACGAUACUGCCGGCGGAAUCGUUUUUCCACACCGGGCUACGGAAUUCGCGCUUUUGUCACACCUACACGAACAACAAUCUGCACAUGACGAACUGGAAGCGGCAGCUGGGCUGCAAGUGUCAGUACCGGCACAUCGUCGACUGGUGUGGCUGCAGUCCGAACAAUUUCCGGACGGAGGACUGGGAACGGUUGCAGGCGACCCAGCACAAGAAACUGUUCUUCGCCCGCAAGUUCGAAGCGAUGGUCAAUCAAGCGAUCGUACUGCAGCUGGAAGAGUGGAUCUUUGGCCCGUACCCGGCCGACUAUCCGAACCUACACUCGUACUGGCACAAUGUGUACCAUCACGAGGAUACCGUCCCGUCGGUGGACGGUGCACUGCUGAACGUGGUGCACAGUUUGCUACGCACGAACGGACGCAUCAACACGGUUCAGUUGUAUGAACCGGCGGGCAGGUUACGGGAAAUCACUCAUUAUCUCGAGCGGGACACGUACCGCGGGUUUCUUGUGCGACACGAGGCAACGGUCCCGAGCCAGGCCCACGUACGGAUGGAGCUCGAGACGUGGAUCUCACCGGUCGUGAUGGCCAAAGUUACUCGCAGCACACCACUCGCUCGGCGCGUAAUCCACCUGGAAGUCAGCACGGAUUACGACGAGAAGGAACAAUUGUCCCGCAACUUUCCACGCAUCAUAGGGACGAACGCGGAACCGGCGCUCAUCUUCCGGCUCGCGGCACCGCUCGAAUCGGAACGGGUGAAGGGUGCGAACGCUACCAACCAUUCGCUGACCGUCGAAUGGAUCGAUCCGGUCGGGACGCUCGUUGCGUCUAGUCAUUUUACGAUCGAGGACAGCCCGAACGGGCCGCCGCACAGCUUUAACCACUUUUUGAAAGGGAGCAAACUAAAGCAACCGCUUACGGAAGGCGUUUGGGGUGCGCGGUUACUGCAGGGCAAAGCAUUGCUCGGUGCAACGCGUUUUCUUGUUAUUGCAUCGACUGUGCCAAGGGAGGCUAGCGAGCAAGCGCAAGCCGGUGGUGAUGCUCACGAGCCACACACACAUCGGCAGGUGAUACCGGUGAUGGGGCGCGGAUCGGCCCCGGCAAAUACGGCCACCAGCAGGGUACGUGCGAAGGAGCGUAACCGUACUCCGGAAGGACAUUCCGGUGAUCGGCACACUGACACGGAUUCGGACGAUCAUCCGCAGCAGCAGCUCGAUAAGCUUGUCGGGCAGUUUUUUACCAUCCGGGAAACUUGCGUAGUUACGGUGGAUGGUGGUGCGUCUCGGACGGUGGACGGCGGGCAACAGUUUGCCGAUUGUAAGACAACCAGCUGGAGCAGCUUGGCAAUGGAUCCAAAGAGUGAUAUCUACGUCGAAUCGGUGACGUCGAACUAAUGGUAGUGGUGGUAGCUGUAGUAGUAGUAGUAGCACCAAACAAGAGGUUAUAAUAUGUUAAGCUCGGGUGUUAUAGUGCCAUUGUUUUGUUGUUUUGUGUUGAUUGUUGUUAUCCCGUGUUUGUACUAUUUUCCCCUUUAGAAACUAAUGUUCUAAACGAUCCUUCCAAAAAAAAAAA